AUGUCGCAGAAUUUACCACCAUCAUAUUCAGAGGACUAUUACAAAGUCUGCACUUCAAAUUCCGAAAAGAAGAACGAUCGAUGGUUUUGUAACAAAAAUUUUCAGCCCGUUGUUCUACUAACGCCUAAUAAAAUACCAUUGUUGGAAGAAGAUUCUGAACAGAAACCGCUCUCCUCCGACGAAGAAUCAAUUGUAGAUGAUUCUGAUGCUGAUGCUGAUUAUAAACCAAACGAUGAACAUCUCAAAAGAACUGAAAGCACGACUGAUGAAUCAUGCGACUCUGAUGCAUCUAUGGAAAUACCAUUGCAACAAGUUACUACCACUGUUGCUAGAAAAAUUACUGAAACUUGUUCUCCUGGUGUAUCUCGACACGAAUAUACUGAAAAUUUGGAUAACACGGUACUAAGUUGCAGUAUGUCUGAAGGCGAGUCCAAGAGAAAGCGAAAUGUUAAUGGCUGUUAUUUUUGCGAGAGUAGCGUAAUGAAUUUUGCCAGGCAUGUGUUCCGAAACCAUAAAGGCGAAUUAGAAGUUCAAAAGAUUUUGGCAUUGCCCGCAAAAAGCAAAGAACGAAAGGAGUUACUUUCUUUGUUAAGAAAAAAAGGUAAUUAUUUAACAGAUCAUGAGAGUGGAAAACCUGUUAGAAAACAUACUUCAACUUCGUAUUUACCGUGUAUCCAUUGUUUGGGAUUUUAUUCUGCAAAAAAUUUGUGGCGCCACAGAAAAAUCUGCUCUCAAAAUCCAAAUGCGGGUUCCGGAAGUAGAUCUUACGAUGCACAUCACUUAAUUACACGACAAUUGAAAAUCGAUCCCGAUUUAAGAACAAGAGUGUUCCCCCGAAUGCGACGAGACAAGGUAUCUUUAACUGCCAAAAAAGACACCUUGAUAUGCGCCUUUGGGGCGCGGUAUAUUAAAAUUCACCGAGAAAAACAUCUUAUUAAUGUGGCGUCAAGGAAGAUGCGUGAACUUGCAAAAAUUCUUAUGGAAAUACAGAAAAUAGACUGUUCUGUACAAAAUUUGUUUCAAGCAUUAAAUCCCAGGAACUAUGAACACUUAGUUACUGCUACCAAAAUAAUAGCAAAAUAUGACCCAGAAAAAGAAAUCUAUUUAAGUCCAACAUUUGCGAUUAAUAUGGGAACCACCCUUAAACAAUGUUGUGAAAUAGCAUUAAAAUUUGCUUUAAAGAAAAGCGACAUAUACGCUAUUAUGAGCACGGCACAGGCAGAAGCAGACCUAAGAACUACGAUUCAGUUAAUUGAGGGGCAUUGGAAGUUCGACAUCUCUAGUGCUGCUUGCAACGAUCUUAACACAAAAAAAUGGAACAAAAUAACCAUAGUCCCACUGGCAAGUGAUUUAAAACUGCUUAAAGAGUACCUUAUCGAAAAAGCAAAUUCUGCUAUUUCUUUAUUAAAGAGAGAUAAAAAAAAUCGCCAGGCGUACAAUCAACUGGUUGAAACCAUCUUUUGCAGAGUGAUAUUGCUAAACAGAAGGAGGCCUGGAGAAUUACAGCGCUUUUUGUUACAUGCGUAUACUUGUGACAAUAACAAUAAAUCGAAAACAUAUGAAGAGUUUUCCGAAGUAGUAUCAGAAACCGAGAAAGCACUGAUGAAAAAUUUUAAACGAAUAGUUAUUAGAGGCAAAAGGGGAAGAGGCGUUCCGGUGCUUUUCAGCACGGACGUACAAGAGCAUAUGAAAAUUGCUUUGGAAUAUAGAAAUGAUAUACUCAAAAAACAGAACACUUACCUUUUUCCAAAUAUAAAUACUGACCAACCGAUAAUAGGAUACAAAAUUUUAAAAAAAUAUGCGGAAGCAUGUGGUGCAAAGAAUCCAGAUGCCAUCACUUGCACUAAGUUACGGAAACAUUUAGCAACAUUGACACAAUUAUUCAACAUGUCUGAGAACGACAUGGAACAACUGGCUUCGUUUAUGGGACAUACAUUAGGAAUCCACAGAUCUUCGUAUCGAUUGCCAGAUGAUCUGUAUCAGACUGCAAAAAUUUCUAAGUUAUUAUUGUUGAUGGAGAAAGGGGCUGCCGGUGAACAUAAAGGAAAGAAACUAGACGAAAUUAACAUCGAUUUAGAAGAAAACUUAUUAGAUGAUACUAAUAAUACCAAUGACAAUGGUAUAGAAAUAAUGAUUGAAGAGGCAGAAAUUGAGGAUAGAAUUUAUGACUUAAACAGAAUUGGAGAGGUCUGCGAGCAAAGUGAACAACAGCGAGUCGAAGCAGAUCAUGAUAAGCCGAGCUGCAGCCAAACUACGAAAUCAGACAGUUCGAAGAAGAGAAUUUUAGUACCAUGGACUGAGAAACAAAAGUCAGUAGUAACGACGUACUUCAAGGAUCACAUCAAAAAGAAACAACCGCCGAAGAGAUUAGAAUGUGAAAAGUUGAUUGCAACACAUGGUGACCUUUUCCAGAACAAGAAUUGGUUGAAGAUUAAAGUCUUCAUUCAAAACAAAUAUACUAAUAAACUAAAGUAA